AGUCACUUCUCCCAUUGUCGUGGACUGAUGUUUCUCACUUAAACAUCAUUAAUAGCUUAUCUAACAAACUUUCAUUGGUGGGAUCCCCUACUUUCAAAGUUAAAAUGCAAAGGAUUGAGAGGAAGGGAUAAGAGAGAGCAACAAGAACAAAAGAGGCUAAAGAUUGAAAAGCAAGCAUUUCACUUUGAGAUUAACGGACAGUGGCAGACUGAGAAACACUGAGAGAGACAAUCACAGGAGGGAAAGGACUGGCAAAGAGGAAGUAGUUAAUGUCUAAAGGAUUGAAUGGGUCAUGGAUGGGGUCUGUCUCUGUCCCGUCCUCCAUCCCUCCUGCCUUCCACUCUCACCUUUCUUCAUCUGCUGAUCUCAGCAUAGCAAUCUUCCUCAUCAUCACAGGUGUGGUGUCUGUGGUUGGAAAUGGCCUGGUGUUGUUGGUGUAUGGUCAGAGGAGAAAGAAGCUCAGAGUGCAUGAGCUCAUGACCAUCAAUCUGGCUGUGUGUGAUUUCGGCUACAGCUUGCUGGGGGCACCAUGUCUCAUCAUCUCGAGUCUGUCCCAUGCAUGGAUUUUUGGUGAAACAGGAUGUUUGUGGUAUGGGUUUCAGGGCUUUGUUUUUGGCAUUGGAUCCCUCAUAACCACCUGCCUUAUCUCCCUCGACCGCUGCUUCAAGAUCUGUAGCAUUCAGUAUGGUCAGUGGAUUGAGAGAAGACAUGCCUCUUUGUCUAUUGCUCUGGUGUGGAUCUAUACAAUGUUCUGGGCCUCACUCCCUGCAUUUGGCUUUGGUAGUUAUGGACCUGAACCGUUUGGGACCAGCUGUACCAUAAACUGGUGGCGAAUGAAGUCUUCUCUGAAUGACAGAGUCUAUAUUUUUGCUAUCCUGACACUCUGCUUUGGAAUACCAACCUGCACCAUCAUCGCCUCAUACUUUGCUAUCCUCAUCACGGUGUAUCGGUCUGGUCGUCUAUUGGCCUCAAUUCCUUCAUCUAAUGUCACUCACAGCAGCAAAGAUCUCCGGCUGACAAAGAUAGCAGCAGUGGUGUGUUCCUCAUUUCUGAUUGCCUGGACUCCCUAUGCGAUUGUUUCACUUUACUCCGCUCUAACUGCUCGAGAGGAGCACCCUGGAGAAGAUGGAGGAACGGCCCUCUUGGCUGGAAUGUCAGGAACUGUGAUCGGGCACGGUGGAGGGUUCCCUGAUGUCUAUGGGUUUCCCUUCCUAAUCAACUGGACCUCUCCAGAACACUUUCCAGAUGCUUUUGGUUCCUGGAGGAAUAUUACAUCAGAUCAUCAUCAUUCUCAUUCAGUAGGGAAUUCACCGAGUUCAGCUGUGGGUUCAGUGCAUGGAGGAGUGGAAGAACAUAUGUCACAUCCUGUGUCCAGCCUGAGGCCAGAGGUCACACUGAUACCUGCCAUUUUUGCUAAGUCACACUGCAUGAUAAACCCCUUCAUCUAUCAGAUCAUGAACCGCGACUUCAGAGAGGAUGUCUAUGAUCUGCUGUUCUUUAGAGGGAAAGAUGGAGAGAGGAGGAGAGGAAGGAGCAGAGAGGGGAGCGAUUCUGAUGGGCAUCGUGGGAGCAUCAGUCUGUCUUAUAUUCACAGCUGGAGAAGAAGAAGCACACCUACUAGUCAGCCAUCUGGGGAGCGCGUGAAAAAUGAGUCUUCACGAAAGAGUAGAGGGAAGAGAGGGUCCGGUCAGGGCAAUGCAUCAGCCGUGUGGGCAUCAUUGGAUACUGCAACCUUAGAUAUACAGGCCAAUUUAGAAAGAGAGAAAGAGAAGGAAGGGGAGAAAGAGACAAAGAAAGAAUUUGGAGGAUCCACUUCUAGCAGCUUGGUGACAUGUGAGGAGUGAUGCUGAGCCAUGUCUACUAUACCAAACAAAUGCAGUUUUACAGAUAAAUGGCAUGUACUUCAUAAAGGGAUAGUUCACUCAAAAAUGAAAAAUCUGUUAUCAUUAACUUUCAAUACUCACAUUAUGUUUUUUAUCUUCCUUGGAACAGAAAAGGAGAUGUUAAGCAGAAUGUUAGCUUCUGUCUCCAUUCACUUUUAUUGUUUGUAAAAAGAUCUCUUUAAUGCAAUUAGUUAACUCAAAGUUAUUUAACUCAAAGUAUAUGUUUGUAGUUAAAAUACAAUGUGAAGUCAAAUGUUUUUUCCAUAAGUGUUGUUCAGUAUGCAAUGUUACACACAAUUUCAUAAAUAAUUUUGCAUCCACGUAAUCUUUAUGCUGUCAUAGGUGCUCAACAUUUAAUACAUUGUCUUAUUUGUUUUGUCCUAUGUAUGUUUAUUAUUGAAUCCCAUGUAUUAAUUCAUUAAUGUCUUGUGUGUUAUUAUAUUUUAUAAAACAGUUUCUACAUGUUUCAAGCUUUCUAUUCAAGGGGUCAUGACAUGAGAAACCAAAUUUGCCUUGAUCUUUUGGUAUAUAAGAGGUCUUUGUAUCAUUAAAACGUCCUGCAAGUUUAAUAUUUUAAGACGUCCUCCCCAUUCUAAACGAAUCAUUUAUUUAAUCAAGCUCAAAAUACAGCUCGUUCUGGAUUCAUGGUUAGAAGUGACGUGACGGUUAGAAGUGACGUACCAGCGUUUGCAUAUGACCGCCUCCAGCACAAGAUAACUACGCUUUAAGCGCAAGACAACUACGCUGAUUUCGUAUCGCCGUGCGCCUCACAAGUGUUCAGUCGAUGGACAGCGAGCUCUGACAGAGACUACUUGUGCACAGGAAAAUUACGAUGCCACACAGAUGUGCUGUUCCUGGCUGUGGUCAAACAAAACCUCUGAAUAAGCUGCCGAAAGAUCCAGACGUCAGGGAAAAAUGGAUGCAGUUUAUUUUUUGCGGACGUCCCAGUCACGGCAGUGUUAACUUAAGCGUUUGUUCUGUACAUUUUAAGGAUGACUGUUUUGAGAACAAAUCUCAAUAUGAUGCUGGCUUUGCCAGAAAACUGUUGCUCAAAGAUAAGUCCGUGCCGACUAUUCUGGGAAC